UAACGAACUGUCAUUCAGUUUGAUUUUGAUUAUUAAAGUAACGUCUUUGCUGGCGUUUAUAUUUAAAACAGUUUUGGGUUUUUUACUUCUGUAUCUGCGUUUUCGGUCUAGUGCGGAUAAUAAAUAUUUAUUAUAAUAGAAUAUGUCCAGCAAAAUUCCAAAAUCCAGUUUUAAACCAGUGUUUGGCAGUAGAGCAUUGGGAACUAUAGCUGAAAAUGGUGCUAAUCGUCCAAAGGAGGCCCCAGCAUCCUUUUCGCGUGUAUUUUCAGUUCCAGGUCUAAGACGAAGGUCGAAAUCUGUAACAGAUUUGCGUAGUGUUAUUAGUCAACCACUUACAGAUUUUCGGGCAUUAAGAUCACAAAAUUUGUUGAAAAAGGAUGUCCAGAAUGAAAAUAAACACAAUGGAACUUCCAAGGCAACUUUUCGAAAUCCAACUAAAAGUACCACCUCUAAAACCGUUACUGGUGCUAAAAGAGCAAAUCCUGCUGGGGUAAUGCACGACGAUGGACCACCUAAACCUAAAGUUGCCAGAAAAAUACCAGAUUGGGAUUAUAAAGGCAGGUUUCAUCAGUUAAAUGAGAAAUAUACCCAAGCACAAGAAUCAAUAAAAACAAUGAAGGAAAAGAUUAGUGGAUUUGAAUACAUCGAAAAUAGUUACGAAACAACACGAAAAGAGGCAGAAGAACUUGCUCAAGCUAAGGCUGCUCUUGUGGAAAAAUGCGAGACCUUGACAUUGGAAAAUGCAAAUUUGAGAGUUCGGGUUGAGAAGAUACAAACUGAUUUAAAUUUAUUGGAAACCAGCCAUAAAACUUUGGAGGAAAAAGCAACAGCUCUCGAAGAAAGUAAUGUAAAAUUGACAGAUGAGAAAGAGAAGAAUACCAAAGAUAUAAUAAGACUGACAGGGUCCUUAAAUGAAUUAACAGAAUUUCAUGACAACUUAAAAAAAGAACAUGCUGAACUUUCUCAUAAUCACAAAGAACUGCAAGAAAAGUACAAACUCUUUUGUGAAGAGAAUAAAGAUUUACUUAAGGCCUUAUCGACUUCUGAAAAGAAAGUAAAAAAAUUAGAGGCUGAAAGUGAAGCCCAAAACAAUGAAUUACAGCAUCUUCAAGCUGAAAGACGAAGAUUACAUAAUGUUAUUCAAGAUUUAAAAGGAAAUAUUCGAGUUUUUUGUCGAGUUAGACCACCCAUCAGUUCAGCAGAAAUAGAUCUGUUACAAUGUUCCAUAACUUUUGUCGAUAACAAUGGAUUGGAUAUAAGGAAAUCUAGGGAGAGUGUGAGUCAAAUAACAGGAAAGCCACAAGAGACCAAAGGUGAAUUUACAUUUGACAGAGUAUUUUCUACCGAAAGUACACAGGAAGAAGUUUUUGAAGAUUUAGCUCAGUUAGUGCAAUCAGCUUUGGAUGGUUAUAAUGUGUGUGUAUUUGCAUAUGGUCAAACAGGUUCAGGGAAAACAUACACGAUGCAGGGUGGAAAUGGAUCACCAGGCAUGAUUCCCAGGACGAUAGACCUUAUUUUUAAGAACAUUGAAGAACUUAACAAAUCAGGAUGGAAGUACAAUGUCCAGGCGAGUUUCUUGGAGAUUUAUAACGAGAAUAUACGGGAUCUGCUAAAUAUAAACAAUUCGCAAAAGCUCGAAAUCUAUCACAACGAAGGCAAAGGCACCACAGUGACAAACUUAACUAUUCAACCUAUGGACUCGGCUGUAGAAUUGAAACAGUACAUGACGCUAGCACAUAGGAAUAGAGCUACUGCUGCAACAGAUUUCAAUGAGCAUAGUAGCAGGUCUCAUGCUGUAACCAAAAUUUAUUUAGAAGGGACAUUGGAGGACCAAAACAUUGUGCUGAAAGGAUCAAUAAACUUGGUAGAUCUGGCUGGAUCAGAGAGUGCAAAGACAACAGUCAACGAUGAACGAUUGACCGAAACAAAGAACAUUAAUAGAAGUUUGGCUACUUUAGGCGAUGUUAUUUCGGCACUGUACUGCAAAUCGAAACAUAUCCCAUAUAGGAAUUCGAAAUUGACCUAUUUGCUUCAAUCCUCCUUGGGUGGCAACUCUAAAACUCUGAUGGUGGUGAACGUGGCGCCAUUCGAAGAAUGCUUUAAUGAAAGUAUUAGUUCUUUACGAUUUGCGGCCAAAGUUAAAGAGGUGAAGACUGGUUCGAAGAGAAACAAAAUGGCCCUAUCCCAACCUGCAAUGAAGUUUUAGUAACAAAGUCGAAGUAAAAUGGACAGAACAUCUAUUAUAGAACUAUUAUAGCUUUAAUAUAUUCUCUUUUAAUUCUAUGUUCGUGCAUGCUGAGUUAUGUAAAGCAAUAUGUAGAAUUUUGUACUAAUUCCUUAUAUGUAACCAAUUGUUUUAACUAAAUUUUUUAUUUUAAUUCAUAACAUGUAUUUCGAUUAAUCUAUUGAUUAAUUGUUUUAUUUUAAAUGUGUAUAACAUAUGGACUU